AUGCUCGUCACUUCCGUCGUCGGCCUUCUCCUCACCGCUGUCGGUGCCAUCGCUGCUCCCGGCGGCGGCGGCAGCGGCGGCCACCACCCCCAGGGCCCUCCUCCUCCUCCUCCCCCUUCCGUGGGCCCCGUCAACCAGAUCCAAUCCAUCUCUUGCAGCAGCGGUGCCGCCUACUGCUGCACCCCCGAGACCGACAAGUGGGGCAGCAACUACUUCCAGUGCUCCAACUACCUCGAAUCCUGCGACAGCAUUGUUGUCUGCUGUAACAGCCAGGCCAACCAGGGCUCCGCUUCUGCGCAGACUUGCGCUGCCUUUGGUAACACCAAGGUCGUCUACAACUAA